GCAGACACAAAUCAUUUGCAUAUCUAUCUGGUAUUUGAGUGGGAGCGAGAAUGAGUGGGAAAGUAGCUCUGUUAGUGUUAAGCUUAGGCUUGUGUUUAAUAAUGGCAGUGAGAGCAAGAGUAGACUACAAUAAUAGGUAUGCGUCUGCCUCUCAUAAUUAUAAAGAUGCUCUCACGAAAUCCAUUCUCUUUUUUGAAGGCCAAAGAUCCGGCAAGCUUCCUUCCACUCAGAGGAUGAGAUGGAGGGGAGAUUCUGCCCUUGCUGACGGAGCUGAUCAACACGUGGAUUUGAGCGGAGGAUACUACGACGCAGGAGAUAAUGUGAAAUUUGGGUUCCCAAUGGCUUUUACGACCACCAUGCUAUCUUGGAGCGUGGUGGAGUUUGGACAGUACAUGGGUGAUGACCUCCAACAUGCAAUGGAUGCUGUUCGUUGGGGUACUGACUAUCUGCUCAAAGCCACUUCUCAACCGGGAGUAAUAUAUGUGCAGGUGGCUGAUCCUAACAUGGAUCACAGGUGCUGGGAGAGACCAGAGGACAUGGACACUUCUCGUAAUGUGUACAAAGUAGACAGUCAACACCCAGGCUCAGAUGUUGCUUCUGAAACUGCUGCAGCCCUCGCAGCCGCCUCCCUUGUCUUCGAAUCAACGGACAAAUCUUAUUCUAACCUUCUCCUUCAAACUGCAAUGCGGGUGUUUGAUUUCGCAGAUAAGUAUAGAGGAUCUUACAGUGACGCCCUCUCGUCUGAAGUUUGUCCAUUCUACUGCUCCUACUCUGGUUAUCGUGACGAAUUACUGUGGGCUGCAGCUUGGUUGCAAAAGGCGACAGGGAACCCAUCGUAUGUGAACUACAUUCAAACAAAUGGGCCCAAUUUGGGCGCUGACGACGGCGAUAAUAUCUUCAGCUGGGAUGAAAAGCACGCCGGAGCCCGAGUCCUUUUGGCCAAGGAAUUUCUCGUUAAAAACGUGAAAUCCCUAGAGGAUUACAGAGGCCAUGCUGAUAGCUUAAUUUGCUCCCUUCUGCCCGAAACUUCAUCAUCACAAUACACGCCAGGUGGGCUUCUGUUCAAGAUGAGUGAAAGCAAUUUGCAAUAUGUCACCUCCACGAGCUUCUUGCUUUUCACUUACGCACAAUAUUUGGACAUUUCCAAGCAAGUAGUUAAAUGUUCUAACGGAGUAGUCACUCCCACAAGGAUCCGUACCCUAGCAAAAAGACAGGUUGAUUACAUUCUGGGAGACAACCCCCUGGGAAUGUCAUACAUGGUGGGGUACGGUACAAAGUUCCCACAGCAUAUUCACCACAGAGGAUCGUCGUUGCCUUCAGUUUAUCACCAUCCUCAGAAAAUAUCGUGCAAUGAUGGUUUCAAUUUAGGAUUGAAUGGCAAUGGCCCGAAUCCAAACAUUCUGGUUGGAGCAGUUGUUGGAGGGCCUGAUAACAAUGAUCAAUUCAGGGAUGAUCGUAAUGACUAUUCGCACUCUGAACCAGCUACUUACAUUAACGCUCCAUUCGUCGGCGCUCUUGCUGCUUUAGCCCGCUACAUGUGACCGUCAUCUUAUCUGUAAACUAUAUCCAAGGCUCAUAAUCUUCCCUAUAAAAGUGGAAGGAUAUUGUCUUUUCAAAUGUCAACCUUCACGGAGUUGUUAAUUAAUAUAAUAUAAUAUCGUGUUUUCUACUUUGCAAC